AUGUCAUCGCGUAGCUCUGUGGUGGCCCUGGGGCUCGGUUCCCAGCCUGGCUGCAGCACCCCUCUGCCAGCGCAAAGGAAUUCCCUCCCCGCGCUGCACCUCCUUCCGCCCCGGAGCCGCUCGCUCACCCUGCUUGGCCAGGAGGACUUCUUUGAGAGCUUCGAAGGGAGCUUCUGCGAUGUGAACGAUGCUUUGGGGACUGAUCUGUUCGACUGCAGCUACUCCAUCCCUGACCCGCAGCUGGUCAGGAGAAUCGUGUCCCAGGUGGAGUUUUAUCUCUCGGAUGAAAACCUGGCCAAGGAUGCCUUCCUCCUGAAACAUGUCCAGAAGAACAAGAUGGGCUUUGUCAGCAUCAAAUUGCUGACGUCCUUCAAGAAGGUGAAAUACCUUACACGAGACUGGCGACUUACGCUCUAUGCUCUGCAGUUCUCGGAGCUGCUAGAGGUGAACGAGGAAGGGACCAAGGUGAGACGGAGGAUCCCUAUCCCCGAAUCGCUGCUGAGCAUCCCACCCAGCAAGCUGCUCUUGGCCUGGGACCUCCUGCCCCAGGAGCAGAGUGUGUUACCACCGCUCCAGAAGAACUUCAUCGAGACUAUCACAAGGAUGUUCAGCCCGUUCGGCGCCAUCGCCUCCAUCCGCAUCCUGAGGCCCGGGAGGAAGCUGCCCUCGGACGUGAGGAAGUACACGUCCCGCUACCCCGAGCUCCUGACCAAGUGCUGUGCCCUGGUGGAGUACGAAAGCCUGGAGAGCGCCAGGAAGGCCUUUGAAGACCUGAACCACCAGACCCAGGGCUCCCCGGGGAGGGAGAGCAUCAAGGUGGUCCGUCUUUCCGGGAAGGGCUCCAAGAAGAAAAGCGGGGCUGAGAGAGAGACGACAGAGGACAUGGAGCUCGUGGACAAGCUGGGCUGGAAACAGCAGGCGGCGGCAGUACCCGAGAAGUUUCCGUACGGCCUCGGCGAGUCUCUCCUCUACAGCUCUUCAGAGUCGGACAGCACGCCGGUGUCCCCACCGCUGCUCACGCACAAGUUCCUCUCUGCUCCGGGCUGGCCCAGCAGCUCCAGCUUCAAACCCUGCUCCUACUCGAGCCCGUUCUCCAGCUCCCUCCUGUCCAGUAAAAUCUUCCCUCCCCUUGCUGCCGAGUGGGCCCCGCAGCGAUCCGACGCAGCCUCCGGCCCCGCUCUGGACCCCAAACCUCCGCCCUGCAAUCCUCCGGCGGGGAAAAAGGUGCCCGACUCCUUCGGCCUCCGAGCCAGGGUGAUCCGCCUGCCACACGGGCCGGAUGGCACCAAGGGCUUCUACAACAGCAUCGGGAGAGGGAAACUCGUCCUCGGGCACUAA